AUGUUCGGCGCGCCGGCGACGCCGCGCGGCGCGGCGACGACGGGCGGGUUUUCGUUCGGCGCGACGCCGACGACGGCGUCGGCGCCGGCGACGGCGAGCGCGAGCGCGCGCGAGACGGGCCUCGGGACGGGCGCGGCGGCGAGCGGGGCGCACGCGUUCGGCGGCGGCGCGGCGACGCGCGCGAGCGGAGGGUCGCACGGCGCGGCGGCGGCGGCGUCGAGCGCGAGCGGCGGUGUGUUCGGGACGCCGAGCGCGAGCGCGGGCGCGGGCGGGGGCGCGUUCGGCGCGGCGCCGGCGUUGGCGCCCGCGGCGACGGGGAGCGCGGGCGGUGGAUUGUUCGGGAGCGCCGCGCCGGUGGGAUCGAGCGCGGGCGGUGGGUCGUUCGGGGCGCGGGGCGCGGCGCCGACGCUCGCGCUCGGCGCGUCGGCGUCGAGCGCGAGCGGCGGGUUGUUCGGAGGCGCGGCGGCGACGAGCGGUGGGUUGUUCGGCGCGGCGGCAACGCCGGCGUCGAGCGCGGGUGGUGGGUUGUUCGGCGCGGCGCCUGCGAGUUCGGGCGGUGGGUUGUUCGGCGCGGCGCCUGCGAGUUCGGGCGGUGGGUUGUUCGGCGCGGCGCCUGCGAGUUCGGGCGGUGGGUUGUUCGGCGCGAGUGCGGCGGCGACGCCGGCGUCGAGCGCGGGCGGUGGGUUGUUCGGCGCGGCGGCGACGCCGGCGUCGAGCGCGGGCGGUGGGUUGUUCGGCGCGGCGCCGACGCCGGCGUCGAGCGCGGGCGGUGGGUUGUUCGGCGCGGCGGCGACGCCGGCGUCGAGCGCGGGUGGUGGGUUGUUCGGCGCGGCGCCGACGCCGGCGUCGAGCGCGGGCGGUGGGUUGUUCGGCGCGGCGGCGACGCCGGCGUCGAGCGCGGGUGGUGGAUUGUUCGGCGCGGCGCCGACGACGACGAGCGGCGGAUUGUUCGGGUCGUCCGCCGCGGCGACGCCCGGGGCAACGAGUGGUGGUUUGUUCGGCGCCUCGCCCGCGGCGUCGACGCCCGCGCUCGGUGGAUUGUUUGGUAGUAGCGCACCGGCCGCGACUUCGGGCGGUGGUUUGUUCGGCGCGAGCGCGGCCGCGACGCCGGCGACUACGAGCGGUGGAUUGUUCGGUGCGGCGCCGGCCUCGAGUCCCGCGGGCGGUUUGUUUGGCGCGGCGACACCCGGUACAACGGGCGGAGGUUUGUUUGGAUCGGCGACACCAGCCCCGUCAUCGUCCCCGGGAGGCUUGUUCGGUGCCUCGAGUGCGGCGACGACGUCUUCGAACCCUUUCGGCGCGCCGUCGAACGCCAUCGUUCCCUCGGGCGGUGGAUUGUUCGCGCCGUCGACGCCCGGCGCCGCCGGAGCGUUGACGCAGCAGCAGCAGCCCAGCGGCUUAUUCCCGCAAAUGCAGCAGCAGAUGCAACAACAUCCGUCGUCGCUCGAUCCCACGCGUGAGGUGCAAGAGAUCGUCAACGCGUACAACCCGAACCAUCCUGACUACCGAUUCCGAGCGUACUUUUACAACGUCGUCAAAGAUCCGCGCAUGCGCGUGAAGCCGCAGAACGUGAGCGAACGGAAGUGGCGCGAGCUCUUGGACGCCGUAGGUGGCGAGAACAACCCCGAUUGUCUGUGGCCCGUUCAGUACGACGGAUUCGAGGGAUUGAUCCAACGAAAGACGCAGGCGGAGACGGAGAUCAAGGCGCAAGAGGAGUACAUCCAAGCCGCGGCGACGUCGGUGAGACAAAUCUUGCAGUGGGCGGACACCGAGUUGGAAAAGCGCAUGCGGGACGUCAAAAAUAAGAACAUGGAGCAGCAGCAUCGGUUGAUCAAAAUCUUCCGCACGCUCCACCAAGCGCAGUUGAAGAAUUACGCCGACGCCAACGGCGGCGCCGUCCCGCCGAUGUCCGCCGAGGAAAUCGAGCUCUUGAACGACUUCAAGGCGUUGAGCUCCCGCGUCAACCGCUCCGCCGCGUCGCUCCCGCGUCGCGCCGAGGCGCUCGCCGCCGCCUCUCGCCUUCAGCACACCAUCGCCCCCGCGGAUGAGAUCCAACUCGGCGAGGACGAAGAAGCGAGAAUCAUGGCCGUCAUCGAGCGUCAACGCGCGCAACUCGACGAGUUGCACCGCGCCGUCGAAGAAAAGCGUUCCGCGCGCGCCGCCGUUCGCGACGCGCGCGUCGACGUCGCCGACGUCGCGCGUCCGCGGGACCGUCGCGCGUCCGCGUCGCCUUCCUCCAUCUCUCGCGUGCACGCGCCGGCGUCUUCGCUCUUCGCCUCGCCCUCGCUCAGGCGUCGUUGACGCGUCGUCUCGCGUCCGUAAUCACAUCAAAGCCGAGCUGCACCUUUCA